GUCCUCUGGGCGGGGACAGCACGGCGGCGGCCGCUCAGUGUCGCGGGAGCCGGACCGCGCAGGCCCGUCCCGGCGGCCCGGGGGGCGCCAUGUGGUUCAUGUACGUGCUAAGCUGGCUGUCGCUGUUCAUCCAGGUGGCAUUCAUCACUCUGGCCGUCGCGGCUGGACUGUACUACCUUGCAGAGCUGAUAGAAGAGUACACGGUGGCCACCAGCCGAAUCAUCAAAUACAUGAUCUGGUUCUCCACAGCAGUACUGAUUGGCCUCUACGUCUUUGAGCGUUUCCCCACCAGCAUGAUUGGCGUGGGCCUUUUCACCAACCUCGUCUACUUUGGCCUUCUCCAGACCUUCCCCUUCAUCAUGCUGACAUCACCUAACUUCAUCCUGUCAUGCGGGCUAGUGGUGGUGAAUCAUUACCUGGCAUUUCAGUUUUUUGCAGAAGAGUAUUAUCCUUUCUCAGAGGUCCUGGCCUACUUCACAUUCUGCCUGUGGAUAAUCCCGUUUGCUUUCUUCGUGUCACUUUCGGCUGGGGAGAAUGUCCUGCCCUCCACCAUGCAGCCAGGCGAUGACGUGGUCUCCAAUUACUUCACCAAAGGCAAGCGAGGCAAGCGCUUAGGCAUCCUGGUUGUCUUCUCCUUCAUCAAAGAGGCCAUCCUACCCAGUCGGCAGAAGAUAUACUGACCCUUUGGGGAGGGCAUGUGGGGGGCAAGACCAAGAGAGCCAGGCCCCUGGGACUCUGGGCUAAUUGUGCCUGGGAGCCUGGAAGGUGUCUUCUGCCAGCCCAGGUCUCCCUCCCCUCUGUUCUGAAGCCUCGUUCCCCACCCUCCUCAGGAGGCUUGAAUGCUGCCAGGGGCACCAGAGAGGGUAGCAGAGCCUGCUAUGCCAGGAGGCUAUGUCCCCAGCCCUCCCCUCCCCAGAGUUGGGUCUGGUUGGAUGGGGCAGGCAGGGAAGCUAGUAUGAAGCUGGGGAACUGACAGCAAGUUCUCAGGCAGGUGACCGUAGGGAGGAGCUGAGGGUCGGCACUUCCAGGAAAAGUGCAUUUUGCUGUUGAAAUGUGGGUCCUGUCCAAUGCUGAUUCCCUUUCGAAUAAAGAUUCUAGGUGGCACUGUUUGCCUUAACACCCCAGAAGUUCAUCUUCUUCUCUGCCUGCUAACCUUCUGCCUAGACUGGGCUAGCCUGCUCUAGGGACUCCUCUUCUGGCUCUUGCCCUUCUGGAGGGAUUCUCAUGGCCCUAAGUGGGAAGGGAACAGGGAUGAGAAUGAGUGGGCAAAGGCAGUUUUUCUGAGGCUUCUCCUCCUCUCCGUGUCUCCUUCCCCAGACUGUGAUAGUCCAGGGUGGGGGAGGGGUAGAAAGUCUGUGGCUGGGUUAGAGAUGUAGACCAUCUACAAUACCCUAUUUAUGUCUUCCUUUGAGAAAAAGGAGAGAUUUCUUGGUAAAUUCUAUAUCAGGCUCGGUGAAAAAAAAAAUAAACAUUGGCUUCUAGGCAGCCUAAGCUGCCGCUCAGAGCACACAGGCCACACUCACCUGCGCUUCCGGCUCCUGGAGGGAUGUAAGCUCUGUCUUCUAAGAAGGUGAGCCUCAUCCCGGGCACAGACCAGCAUCUGUUGACCUUGCACUCCAACUACAUACAGUGCCUUGCAGGGGCUCAGCAGUAUAUGGAAUGAAGUUCCCCUCCCUGUUGCCGAAUCUCGUACCUCACAGUGAGUCUGGCAGGUGCCCAGAUGGACAAGGCAUGGGGAAGACUCCAGUUCCUCAGCAUCUUCUUAUGCAUCCUGCAUCUCAUUGGCUCUUGCAUUUCUGUUGCAUCUUGGCCCGCUAGUCUCUGAAUUUGUUUUGCAGCUACAGGUGAGAUUGCCAGACCUGUUUUCUGCCACUUGAGUGGAUGAAGGUAUAGGACAGGGGCGGCUGCCUACCAGUGGGCUCAGGCUGGCCCAACUUGCUCUGCUCUCCACUUCUUUAUCUUUGUUCAUCCUGCCUACUGCUCAGACAGGGGCUUUCCCAAGCGAACCCAGGUCAACUCAUCACAGGUCACCGGCUGGGUCUUGGGGUCGCUGGCACAGCUGAUGGCCUGCUUCCUGGUUCACGUUUCUGAGCACUGGUGUGACUGUUGUCCCUUCACAGUUUCUGUUAUAGAGGCUUCUUUCUCACCUUGUGCACACAGGGGCUCCUUUACUGUCUUGUGGAUUGAUCUCCUCAGGAAGCCCAGCUGUGCUGGUAGCUUAAGGGAUGCUGUGGAAGAAGUCAGAGCCAAUCUUCAGUCCCAGCUACUUCCUAGCUCAAGCACAGUUCUGCUGCCUUCUGGGCACAGAGACCAUUUGAGCUUAGUGUCUGCUCUGUUUACCUGCUCUUUGCAGUGCCUCGUCCCUGGUCUCAUGAUGGCUCAGGAGCCAGGCAGAAUAUUGCUUUCUCUUUCUGCCUAAGUCUAUCUGAUCUAUUCUUGGUAUCUCUGUAUUUGAGCCACCCUACUGUCAUCUCUCACCUCAUUUUGUUUUGACAGUUUCCUAUGUUUCUUUAUCCUCUCACCAGCUGGGUUUCUUUCUGAAAUGCAUGGUUGGCCAAAUCUUUUUAGGCCCCCCAACUCUCCCCAGCUCUCCACUGCCCUCAGGAUAAAGUCCAGACUCCUUAGAAUGGUGUGUGAGGUUCCUGGGUCCCUACUGGCUUCACCACUUGUCAUGGGCUCUGGGCCCCAGCCUCCUGUACACAGAGACUAUGGCUCUAGCUGCUUUGAUACUCUUCCUUCCACUUACUUUGGUAAUUUGCCGCUUUUCUUCUUAGAUUUUAUUUCUUCCAAGGAGCUUUGAGUGUCCCCUCUCCUCCCCUAACCCCAGCUGCCACACAGAUCUCUAGGCUCACUGGCCUGCGGCGUGGUCUCCUAUGGUCUGUCUCCCCACUAGACUGGAAGCUCCUUGAGGGCAGGGAAAGCCCUUGGGUUUUUGUAUUAUCAACUACCUGAUUUUGGCGCCUGGCCCAUGGAAAGCACUCAAUAAAUGUUUUGUUUAAAGAGUGA